AUGACUAUAGGAAGUGAUACGAAGAACAAGGCAACGGUUGAUGAGAAUUCACCUUUGUUACCUAAGAUUCAAGAAAGUGAUGUUAAGUUUAAUGGAGCUUCAUUUUCUAGUUCAGUUUUCAAUUUGUCAACCACCAUUAUUGGUGCUGGAAUCAUGGCGUUGCCUGCAUGUGUGAAAAAACUAGGGAUAGUCCCUGGUCUUACUGCCAUAGUCCUAACAGCAUUAUUAACAGAAAAAUCAAUUGAUUUCAUGAUCAGAUUUUCAAGAGCAGGGAAUAUUUCUUCCUAUGGAAGUCUCAUGGGGGAUAGCUUUGGAAAAUAUGGAAAAUCUUUGGUUCAAAUAUGUAUUAUAGUCAAUAACAUUGGUUGUUUGAUUAUUUACCUGAUUAUUAUUGGUGAUGUGAUUUCUGGAACAUCUUCAAGUGGAAUACAUCAUUAUGGUAUUCUUGAAGGAUGGUUUGGCCUUCAUUGGUGGACUGGACGUUCAUUUGUUAUUGCUUUUACAACACUUGUUGUAGUUGCACCUUUGGUCAACUUUAAGAGAAUUGAUUCAUUGAGAUUCACAUCUGCAUUAUCAGUUGGACUAGCAGGUGUUUUUCUUGUCAUUGUUGUAGGAAUCUCAAUUGUCAAAAUCAUAAGUGGAGGAAUAAUGAUUCCAAGACUCUUCCCAAUCAUCACUGAUCUAGCAUCAGUUUUUGAGUUAUUCACCACAGUUCCUGUUCUUGUAACCGCCUAUAUUUGUCACACCAAUGUUCACAGUAUAAAUAAUGAACUGAAGGAUUCAACACAGAUGCACCGUGUUGUGAAGACUUCCGGUGUUUUAUGCUCUUGUGUAUACUUACUCUCAAGCUUCUUCGGAUUCCUAUUAUUCGGAGAAGAAACUCUUGACGAUGUUCUUGCCAAUUUCGAUAUUGAUCUUGAAAUUCCGUUUGGUUUAAUUCUCAACGACAUUAUUCGCAUUAGCUAUGCCGCACAUCUCAUGUUCGUAUUUCCAGUAAUCUUUUAUGCAGCGCGGAUCAACAUCGAUGGACUCUUGUUUUCUUCUUCUUCAACAAGGCCUUUGGUUGUUGAUAACUUCAGAUUUGGCUCUAUUACUUUUUCUCUUGUUGGCAUUAUAUUUUUGGGAGCAAACUUCAUACCUAGCAUUUGGUAUAUUUUCCAAUUCUUUGGAGCAACUACUGCCAUUUGUGUAGGAUUUAUAUUUCCAGCUGCAAUCACUCUCAGGGAUAAAUACAACAUAUCAACUAAAUCAGACAAAACUCUAUCGAUCUUUAUGAUCGUCCUUUCAGUAUCAUCAAGUGUUGUGGCUAUCUAUAGUAAUGUAUAUGCCUUGUUCAAGAAGAAUGAAGCUUACUGAUUUCUUUGAUGUACCUCUUGUCUACUUUUUCUAAUAUUAUUCUUUACACUUUUUUUAUGUACCUCUUGAUUUGAGAUGACUUUGCAAAACAAUUUCACUGGUCUUACUGAUUAUAAUCUUCAUUAAAAUAGAAUUGUGUAUGAUGAAUCACAAACCUCAACUC